AUGACCAACAGAACCAUCGACGAUACUCGUGGUGAUUCUGCUACCGGUCGGCUCCCAAUCUACUCGAGUUCGGAAUGGAACUACGGGCAAAACUGCAGCGCAUGCGCACUUCGACCAUCUCCUGAAGAUGCGUUCAUGCAAACGUGGCACGAUACUACGACUUCGGACGCCUACGACAAUGGUGUUGCUCACACUGUGCAACUCCUGUUCAACGGGACAGCAAUCUGGGUCUACUGUAUUUUACCGCCUCGUCCGUUCGAAGCACCGACAUUGGUUAACAUGACCAUUGCCUUGGAUGGCGAGAACGUUGGGCACUACACCCAGCAGUCGUAUUUAGAUGACUACAUCUACAAUGUCACUGUAUACAGCAGCACAAAUCUCGCAUACAAAGAACAUUCCCUGGAGAUGACGGCAAUGCAGGAACCUGAUAAGUCUGUAAUUCUGUUCGACUGGGCUGAGUACACCUACGACGAUGACCCCGAAAUCUCGACGUCUUUCAGCAUCUCAACCGCAUAUACUAGUCAAUCCUCGUCGAGUUCCACUGGUCCAUCGUCUGUCGUGACAUCGAUAAAGGCAUCAUCUACUUCCACGACCACUAGCAGCAGUGCUACAUCCACCAUGAACACAUCGUCGACCCACGCCAGGACAACCGUACCAACCAGUUCCUUCGUUUCCACCAGUUCCUUCGUUUCCACCAGUUCCUUCAUUUCCACCAGUUCCUUCAUUUCCACCAGUUCCUUCAUUUCCACCAGUGAAGCAGUUACGAGUACACAGAGUAGCAACGGCACAGUUUCUCGUUCACAGAGCGAGACUUCCCUAACAAUCGGCCUAGCUUGCGGUCUAGGGGCUGCUGCCGUGAUCGGCUUCCUCGUGGCUACCUUCGCUUGCCUGCGUCGACGGCGCCGCAGUGUCGCUCUGCCUGACAUCGGCAGCAACAGGCCCCCAUGGCCCAGGAAAAGUCCUGCAUUCAUUAUAGAUCCCUUCGUGGACCCAGCGCCGAACGACAAGAGUAUGCCAGCCAAUCUUCCCGUGCCCGGCAUCAUGCCGGCGACGAUGAGACCCAUCUCUGCUGGCACCACGAUGCGUGGUACCGCGCUCGGCUUCCCCGUCGCAGUAUCGGUGUCCGCGCCUGCCACCGUCGGUACCGGCGAGCUUGUACAGCAGGACACGUUCGAGGAUGCAAGAGAGCAAGAGCGCUUCGUCAGGCACACAGACAAGUUGAGGGAGCUGGUGGCGGAUUUGCGCAGAUUUGCGAUGUCUCGGCACGGAGUAGCCUGA